AUGAACGAAAAUCUAUUUGCCUCAUUCAUUACCCCAACAGUAAUAGGCUUACCAGUCGUUGUGACUAUUAUUAUGUUUCCAUCCAUCCUAUUUCCAUCCUCAAAACGCCUAAUUAACAACCGACUCCACUCCUUCCAACACUGACUAAUUAAACUUAUUAUUAAACAAAUAAUAUUAAUUCACACUCCAAAAGGACGAACAUGAGCUUUAAUAAUCAUCUCCCUUAUUAUAUUUAUUGGCUCAACAAAUCUUUUAGGUCUACUACCCCACACAUUUACGCCUACUACCCAACUAUCAAUAAACCUAAGUAUAGCUAUUCCACUAUGAGCUGGAGCCGUGAUUAUAGGCUUCCGCCAUAAACUAAAAAGCUCACUCGCCCACUUUCUUCCACAAGGUACUCCCAUCACACUAAUUCCUAUAUUAAUUAUUAUCGAAACAAUUAGCCUAUUUAUCCAACCUAUAGCUCUAGCAGUCCGACUAACAGCUAACAUCACCGCAGGCCAUCUAUUAAUACACCUAAUUGGAGGGGCUACACUGGUAUUAAUAAAUAUUAGUCCACCAACAGCUACAAUUACAUUUAUUAUUCUUCUACUGCUUACAGUAUUAGAAUUUGCAGUAGCAUUAAUUCAAGCUUACGUAUUUACUCUUCUAGUAAGCCUAUAUUUACAUGAUAACACAUAA